AUGAAUAGAAUAAACAUUUGUAGUAAUAGUAGAAUUUGUAGUAAUAGUAUAAAAUUUAUAAUAUUGAUAACAACAAUAAUAUUGUUAUUAUUUUUAGAUAAAGGGAAUUGUAUGAUAUAUGAUAGAGAGUUUUCAUUUAGUGGUAAUUAUUAUAUGGUUGAACAAUAUGGAUAUGAUAGUAAUGGAUUUGCAGAUAUAAAUAUAAAGAAGCUUCAAUUGGAUGGUACAAUUGUUUUAUAUAAUACUACUACUACAAUGGGCGGUAAUAAUAAUAAUAAUAAUAAAAAUAAUAAUAAUAAUAAUAAUAAUACUUCACCAGUUUAUACAGGUAGUACAGGUGGUGUAAUAAUACCAAUUAAUAAUAUUACACUAUGGAUAUGUCAAGAUAGAGAUUAUCAAUCAGUAAUUGGUUCAACACCAACCAAUACAAUUGAAACUAAAUUAUGCGAUGGUACAGCAACUUUAUCAAAUUGUCCAAUAAAUAAUAUUCCAUUAUAUCAAGGUUUUAAAGGUACAUUUGAUAUACCAGAUUCCGAUAUGUAUAGAGUUAUCAUUUUAAAAUGUACAGAUACUAGAACUGCUUCCAUUGAUAUGUCAUUCACCCUAACAAAUAGAAAUGGUCAAUUGGAGAAAGGUUACCUUCAAUUACCUCUACUCUAUCGUUAUAUUAUGAUAAUAUUUUGUUGUUUAUUUUUUACUGUUACAAUAUUUUGGUAUUGUCAUAAAAGUUCUUUAAAUAUUUUACAUAUUGUUUUAUAUAUUGUAUUAGUUUUAAAAUUAAUAUUAAUUAUCGUUCAAUAUUCGUUUUGGACAGAUGCAAAUAAUCUUGGUACUUAUAGUAUGGCAUUAUGGUAUAUUCAAAAUAUAUUUUAUUCCUUUUCAGAAACAGCAUUUUUCCUUACUUUAUUUAUAUUAUCAAGGGGAUUAAGAGUAACAAGACAAACUUUAUCAAGAUCAGAAUUAAAGGCAAUUUUUGUGGUAGGAUUCUUCCUUUGUGGUGUUUUAUUAUUUUUUAGGUUCUAUAAUGAUAUUUAUUAUUUCCUUAGUUUAAUGAUUCUUUACUUUUUUAUGAUGCCAAAAAUAUUUACAAAUAUUACAAAGAAUUUAAGAAUUCUUUAUUCUCAUUCAAUUUUAUCAAGGUAUAUUAAUAAUUUAGAACAAGUAAAUAAUUUAUCAGAAAAGAAAAGAGUUUUUACAAAUUUAAGAACUUCAGUAGUUUUAUAUUUAGGUGCGAUUUUAUUUGUAAAUAGUUUAAGAAUUGUGAUGGUAUGGUCUUUAUAUUGGUUGGCAUUCACUUUAUCAGAACCAAUAUUCAUAUUGAUGAUAUCUUUUCUUUGUUACUCUUUUAAACCAAAUAAUACCUCACAAUCAAUUUUUAGAAAUCCAAAUUUAGAUGCUGUGGAUUUCUCAGAGAUUGCUCAAAAUAUUCAAAAUCUAUUAAAUCCUGUUGAUCCUGUACUCCUCUCAACUAUCAUGGAGAUUAGAUCAUUUGAUCCAACAACUUGUCAUAUCAUCAAAUAUCCAAGUCAUCAACAUUCAAAAUAUUCUUUGGCUGUACUCGAGCAACCAACUUUAAUUGAUAAUAAUAAUAAUAAUGAUGACGAUGAUAAAAAAGAUUAA